UUUAAACAAUUUGGCAAAAGUGACAUAAACACGUGCUGCAAAACAAGUGUUUUUUUAAUUUAUAUAAAAAUUUACUUUGAGGUUUUAUCGCGUGUGGAUCGUAAAAUGAUUGAAGAUUUAGACGAAUAGACUUAGUGUUAUCAGAAAGAAUAACAAUAAAUUGACUGAACUAUAUAAUUCUUUUAAAUCCGAUAAAAACAACUAAAUAAACUUACGACCAAAAUGGUUUAGUUAAUUGUUGUUUACACCUGAUCAGUGUUAAGUGACGAAGUUUUGAUGAAAAUGGGGUUGCGCACUGUCACAUUCGGGAAAGUGGCGGACACUCUUUCGCGGAAAAAAGUGGUAGAAUUCGAAACGGGGACAAAACUGGCAAAAGUGCUCACCACUUUGGACUUGACGGCUUUGGGGGUGGGCAGCACUUUGGGGGUGGGUAUCUAUGUACUCGCUGGAGAUGUCGCAAAAAAUAAUGCAGGGCCGGCUGUGACAGUGUCGUUUUUUAUUGCAGCUGUGACCUCGAUUCUCGCUGGGCUUUGUUACGCCGAAUUUGGGGCCCGUGUCCCCAAAGCCGGGUCAGCCUACGUUUAUAGCUAUGUGUGUAUUGGGGAAUUGUUUGCGUUUAUCAUUGGGUGGAACUUGAUACUGGAAUAUCUGAUAGGUUCUGCAACUGUUGUCAAAGCGUUGUUUCUUUACUUGGACGAACUCUCAAAUAAUGUAAUGUCCCAGUUUUUCCAAGAAAACAUACCCAUAGAAGCUGGAGGAGAAUUAGGCCAAUAUGCUGACAUUUUCUCCUUGGGUUUAUCUCUACUUUUCGCUGUUGCCAUUGCUUUAGGAGCUAAAGAAUCGUCUUUGGUCAACAACAUUUUCACUCUGGUCAAUUUACUCGUCGUCCUAACUGUUAUAAUCUCAGGGUUGUGGAAAGCCAAAGCUUCCAAUUGGUCAAUUCCUCCAGAAGAAGUUCCUCCAGAUAGUGGCAAUGGCGGUUUCGCCCCUUUUGGUAUCAAAGGUGUGAUCCAAGGCGCUGCUAGAUGUUUUUUUGCUUUCAUUGGCUUUGACUGUAUUGCAACAGCCGGUGAGGAGGCAAAAACUCCCCACAAAUCUAUUCCAAUAAGUGUAGUAACAUCGCUUCUCAUCGUGUUUUUUUCCUACUUUGGCAUUUCCACAAUACUCACCAUGAUGUUGCCAUAUUUUGAACAACACGAAAAAGCCCCUUUGACUCACAUCUACGAUGUUGUUGGAUGGCCUGCCUUGAAAUACGUGGUCAGUGUUGGCGCAAUUUGUGGCCUUUUCUCGAGUUUGUUAGGAGCUAUGUUUCCAUUGCCGAGGAUUAUUUACGCAAUGGCCUCCGAUGGACUGCUUUUCAAAGCUUUGGCAAUCGUUCAUCCCAAGUUUCAAACGCCGUUUAUGGGCACUCUCCUUGCAGGAAGCAUCGCAGGUUGCUUGGCUUGUAUUUUUGAUGUCGAUAAGUUGGCCAACAUGAUGUCCAUUGGGACACUUUUGGCAUAUUCCAUGGUAGCAGCUUGUGUUCUCAUAUUGAGGUAUGCUGUUGACGAAUCUGAGAAAAAGUUUGAAGACAAGGAAGAAUUAACGGGAAAAAUGUAUUUCAAACAACUCUUCAACAGAAAAAGUCAAUUUCCGACUAGAUUGACUUCAUCUCUGGUUUCUUGGCUCGUUUUGGCUUUUUUUUCAGUGUCGUUUAUUUUUUCUGGACUAAUCACCGGUUUCGAAAAAGAUUUGGAAAAUGCCGAACCUUGGCUCAUAUCCAUUCUAUGUAUUCUAGCUGUAGUAUUAGUUAUUGUGUUAUUUAUAGUCUCGUGGCAACCUAAAUCCUCCGUACAACUAACAUUUUCAGUUCCCUUGGUUCCUUGGAUUCCUGGGGUUAGUAUUUUGGUCAAUGUGUAUUUAAUGACGACUUUACCAGCCCACACUUGGGAAUACUACGCUUACUGGAUGCUCAUAGGAUUUGUGAUUUAUUUCACUUAUGGCAUUUGGAACAGUACCGAGCGAAAGAUCAGAAAGACCCCAGAAACAAAAAACGAACCAUCAGCAGAUGAUAUAAAAGAAAAUCAUACGUAAACUUCACUUCAACAUAAUUUAUUUAUUACCAAACAUAAAACAAUAAAGACAAACCAAAAUCUGCUUCAUUAUCCACAAGCCCUUUGCAUGUCGGCAUAAUUCUUAUAAUCGUAUUUCUGCCAGACAAAACGUGCUAAAA